CUUCAUUUACGAUUUGGCAGGGGUGCGAGUUCAGUGGCGAUCCCUUCACUUCACCUAACAAUGCAUUGCUUCAUUAGAUGGUUAUGCCUGUCCACAGUCUUUCUAUCAGGGCAGAUGAAUUUUACCGUAUAUCAACACCCGGAAUCUAUCACCGUGUCCGCAGGGUCUAACAUCACACUGAGAUGUUUCUUCACUGCACCGGAAUUUGCAAACUUGACCCAAGUGAGAUGGUAUAAAAUACUAAACCAGAGCGAGAAUUUCCAAGUCAUCGAAGAAUCUAAAUUAAAGUCAGUACUUGCUAAUCGCUUUUACUUCAGUAAUGAAUCUUCAAAUUCUCUGCAACUGUACCUGGCGCUUGUUGGUUCUGCUGAUAGCGGCACAUAUAUUUGUGAAGUAACGAGAUGGAUACCGAGUCCACUUAUAAGAAGGUCAGGGAACGGUACAGCUGUCACGGUGACAGAUGAAGACCCUGUAGAUAUCGGUUCCAGGAGCUUUUUGACCGAAGUUCUGCUGUACGGCGCACUAAGUUCAGUGCCGCUGAUCGUCGUGGCACUAAUUCUGAGGUGCAAAAGAGCAAAGAAAAGGGGUAAGAACUUAAAUCCGAAUUCCGACUUGCAGGAAGAGAAUUCUAUUCUGAAUAAAACGGAGGAGCCUUCAGUAAUCAACGUUUGUUAUGCAGAGGUGGCAUUUUUGAAAAAGACCCGCCGGGAAGAAAAUACCAGCACACAUAACAAGAUAGUUCCGGGAGGACUACAGCCAGAGGUAGCAGUGACCAGCGUGAAGAAGUCCGAGGAGCGGCCAGAGAUUGUAUAUUCUUUAAUCACACAGUGUAAACGUUAAUAUGCAAUUAAACUAUCUUU